ACGUGACAGAAUUGCCCUAAAUUUCGUGGCAACACGCUGCAUAUAUAAGGAACAGCAAACCCCAAACCCUAAUUUAUGCGUUAGAACUCGCCUCAGAUCCUUGUUACUGCUAUUCGUCCAGAGGUGAUGGCUCCAAAUACAGGCCUCUUUGUGGGGUUAAAUAAAGGCCACGUAGUAACCAAAAAAGAAUUAGCUCCACGACCUUCUGAUCGCAAAGGAAAAACUAGCAAAAGGGUUCACUUUGUGAGGAGUUUGAUCAGGGAAGUUGCUGGUUUUGCACCAUAUGAGAAGAGGAUCACUGAGCUUCUGAAAGUUGGUAAGGACAAACGUGCCUUGAAGGUGGCUAAGAGAAAGUUGGGAACACAUAAGAGGGCCAAGAAGAAGCGAGAGGAGAUGUCCAAUGUUCUCCGCAAGAUGAGGGCUGCUGGAGGUGGUGAGAAGAAGAAGUGAGAAUUUGCUAUCUUGGAAGUGAGAAUUGCUAUUUUGAAGUCAAUACUUUCAUCUUUCAGUCAGUAGUUAGUAGCCUUUGCUAUGUUAUUUUAGAUUAGACACUGAAGAUUUUGCUAAGAACGUUCUUUUAAUUGGAAGAAAAGGUGUCCUUUUAAUUUCA